AUGUCCCAACUUGUAGUUAAAGCAAAGUAUAGCAUCACCUCAUCCUCACCAAUUAAACUCUCAUACCUUGAGGGAGAAUCAAUCAAAGUUAUUGAACGCACCCCAUGCGGCGUUUGGAAAGGAGAAGUGAAUGACCAAAGUGGGUUGUUUCACAUCUCCACUGUUGACAUCCCCAUUAUAGAAAAGGUAGUUAUGAACUAUGAUUUUACAAGUGCAGAUAGUACUUGUAUGAAAGCAAAAGCUGGCGAAGUGCUUACUGUUAUAGAAAAAGGCGUUAAAAUUGGAUGGUUAUAUUGUCUACGUGGGUACGACUGUGGGUAUGUACCCCAAAAUUUCACGACAAUAACUUCAGCAGAUUAUCCAACAGACUUUACACUAACUAAAGAAGUUAUUAAACCACAACACAUCCCAUGUACUGUCUCAAUUAAGUACACAUAUGAGCCACGAAGUGAAAAAGAACUUUCAUUAGUCCCAGGUGAUAAAGUCGAAGUCCUUUCGUUUGAGGGAAUGUGGUGGUAUGGACGUAAAGAGAAUUCAUUUGGAUACUUUCCUGGAGAGUAUUGUCAAGUCAUUGGAGGAAUACACAAAGAGGUCAAAAGUGAAGGAAUUGUUUUGUUUGAUUAUGAAGCCAAAAAUGAUUUUGAGUUAUCUGCGCACACUGGCGAUGUCUUUUAUAUUGAGAGAGUAGUUGGGAGUUGGGCAGUAGUGUAUGUAAAUGAAGAGAGAUACAUCUUUCCGUCUAGUUAUCUUUCAUUGUUAAGUGAGUCUGAUAAAAAGAUCAAACAAGACACCGCAAUUACUUUAAACGACUUUGUAGGUGGAGCCUCUGGACUUUUAUCAGUCAAACAGAGUCAAUUUGUAGUCGUCUUGUCGAACAAAACAAAUGGGAUGUCGUUAUGUUAUAAACAUGAGAAGACUGGUCUAGUUCCCACUUCUAAUUUAAUGACUAUAAGAGAUGGCCAAGACUAUUUGAUAGUUGAAAAAACAUUUGAAGCGAGAAAUCAGAAUGAAAUUACUGUCACACAAGGACAAGCUUGGAUAGUAGUGAAAAUAAUAGAUGAAAAUUGGGUCAUUGGGAGAAGACUUGGCGUAGAAGGCUUUGUCCCAAGAGGCUUUGUGAAGAUUCAAAAGUUCACUAAACCGUAUAGAAAAGAGUAUACCGAAGGCAUCGCACAUAUCAACUCAACAACAAAGCCGAGGAAGAAAGAUGUACCGGUCAUAGUGAUGCCCCAAGGCACUGUUCUAGAGAGAAAAGAAGAGAAAUCGCCACGGAAAGGAUUUUUUACACAACGAAAGAGGAAAGAGAAGAGUGAGGUUGAUCAUACUAAAGAGGCUUAUGAAGAGAAGAAACAAACUAUAAUGAAAGCCAAUACCUUAAAAAUAGACAAACAAAAAGAAGAGCCGUUAAAUGAACUUAAAGAACUCAACAAAGGGAAGAAAGAACCAAUUAAUGUCUUAAAGUGGUGCCCAAUAGAACAACAUCAAGACACUGUGAGUGGGAUGCAGACUAUUAAUGAAACAUAUGAAGAAGAUUAUAUCGACGAAGAGAAAGAGAAGUUGCGCGAAGAGAACGAAUUACUGAAAUUGGAGUUGGAGAAGACUAAACGCGAGAGGGACUUCCUUCAGAAAACUAUCGACUCACAAAAGAGUGAAGUCGACGAGAUUCGAAAGCAACACGAGAAGGACAUCACACUCGUCGCGUCACUCCAACAAACCGUCCAAACACAAAAAACGGAAAUUGAGAGUUUCAAGAAACAAAAGGCAGACAAACAAAAAGACGCGCCACCUCUUCUUGAGGAAGACGAAGUGAUUUCCACACUCAAAAAUCGUGUUGUCGAGCUUGAGAAGACCUUACUCGAGGAAAAGAAAGAGCGAGUCGAAGGUGAUAAACUCAAGGCGAUACAAAGUGGGAUAGGUGAUGGCGCAGUCACACAAAUAGAAAUCGACGUCUCAAGAAAAGACGUCGAGAAGCGUGUUUGUGGUCUGCAGAGUCGCAUUAAAAUACUCACCGUCGAGAAUGAGAAACUGCGAAAAGAUUCCUCUGGAAAGAAACUUGACUUAAUCAAAAUAGAAAUGGAAGAAAAGAUCAAAAGUGUUCGCGACGAGUUAGUAGUUAUGCGACGACGUCUAGAUUUAGUCGUUCGAGGGUACCAGAAGUCUUGA